AUGGUGGAAAGUCUUCAACAAUUACCUGCCUCUCUUCCUCGUUCUCUUCCCUCAACUUCUAGUCUUAAUACUACAUAUUCUUCUUUUCCUUAUUGUAUUCCUCCUCAUUCACCACAUCUCUUACCUUCUUCCACCCCAACUCAUGGUCGCUCUCUUUCUCCUACUUUGCAUUCUUUAGUUUCAUCUCAUCCUCUACAUUCACAACCCUCCACUCUUUUAUCACAACUUUCCGCUCCUUCCGUCAAUACUUAUCGAGUUUUAGCGCCUUCAAAUCAUCAAUCUCAUUCACUUUCUGACCAGAAGAGUAAUUUAGCUCUUGAGCUAAACAAUUCGCGGCCGGGGCUCCGUAGACGCAACUCUAAGUCACAAACUAUCUCAAAUAUGGGAGCUUCCUCCUCAAUUGCCGCUACCUUCGGAGUAGCCCACAGGUUAGAAGCAGUUUGGCAUCCGAUUGAUUGGAAGGCGCGUAUCUUCGCAGAUGAACCCAACAAAGGGACUCUACUCUUAGAUUUGGAGUCGGUUCCGGGUGAAAUUAGGCAAGGCUGGCCGAGACACGAUAACGCCUGGCCACCUGGAGCACGAGUACGCCGACCCUCAGCCACCAGAUCAGCUCAAGAGGAAGCCAGAAUUUUGCUUACUGGCCUGCUUUCAGGGCAACCGAGCUCUAGCAUUAAUUUGUCGGCUAUGGUUACUAAACACAGGAAUAAGUUGACAAGUCGCCUUUCAGAUCGUGUCCAGCGAGCGGGAAGUCUGGCUGCAGCUAAGGUGGCCGGUGCGAUGGCGUCCCAUUGGUCUCGGCCAGACAGUCAUGUAUCUAGCUCACCAAUCGACGCUACCCCAGUCUCUUUGGUUAUCAAAAAUGUAGCCAGUACUUUGUCAGAAGUUCAGGUCCCAACAGAAUGUGAGACCCAGAUACCUUCCGCAGUCGCCUCUACCUCUUCCAAGAUAUCGAACUCGGCUGUUCAACAGCAGUCUGAGAAUGGUAGACGGCGUCGUCAACUAUCCAGGUCUUCAUGUUCCUCAAGGCGACGCCGACACACCAGCUACACCAGCAGUCGUCAUGGCGCAGAACUUUCUCUUUCUGGGCCUCUAAAUGAUGGAAAAGUUGCUCCCAGCACUGGAAAGGGGCGUAUUGUAAAUGGUGAUACAGAUAGACGCAGCAGUAGCUGUUAUGGGGGCGGGCCGGCCCAAAGAACCAAGAGCAACAGCAGUAGUAGUGAAAGUGAUUUUGAUGACCAUGCCAGUUGGCUCGAACAUACCAGUGUUCCAAAUUCAGAUCAGUUGGCUAUGGGCCAAUCGCGAUGUCGAUCUUCAAUUAGGUGCAGUCGACAGACAGCUCGUCCAACUACUACUGUCACCUACCUAAAUAAGGUUCAACAACCGAUGCCCCCACCUUCCUACACAUUGCUACCUAAUCAACCGAUAAACCAUGCCCAGCUGCAACCCACAAGCUCCUUAAAUGCAAGACUAGGUCCCUUUACCGAAAACAUAUAUUCAUCUUCCAAAGCCAUGCCCAUUUCUCAACCGAAUUUAGCCUUUGGCUACAUGCCUUCUAGAUGUUCGAAACAAAUAAGAACAAAUGUCGUUGGCAAUCCAUCACCUAAGGCGAUCAGAACUACCACUUCUUCGGCUGAUCCACCUUCUCUUGGUACGAGACACAUCAACCCUAUCAAUUCCAUCUCAAGUCAGCCCGGUAGUUUUGUUACCUUGCCUAAGGCCUCUGUCCGGCUGCGCCCUAAGCCCCCGGCCCCACCUAUUCCGACCCUGUAUUCUCCAAAUGCUACUCUUCAAAUUCUAAGCCCAAGCCUGGAUAAGAAUAUUGACUCAAAUUUCUGUCAACCAUUGAGCCAAAAUAUGGGCCUAAACACCAGUUCGAGAUCAGGCCUCGUCUCUCGAUCCGAUCAAAGUCCUUGCACUCUUAUCCAUUCUCCUCGACUACCCGCAAGUUGCCUGGGCAGCUCUGAAGGUUUACCUUCAUCAUCUUUGGUUACAUCUUUUCCGUUAUCCAAGCCCUCAGCAGUUGGGAGACUGGCACUCCGAGACGACUCUUCCUCAGACACCCUGACAGAACAGCAAGAUCUGGAUUGGACUAGUAAAUGCUUCAUGUUGAUUGCUUUAAUCACAUUAUCCCACCAUUUUUCCACCACUCCUUUAUUCAUUCUCUUUUAUUGUCGCUAUCAUAUUUCUGUUCAUUCAUGUCUUUCCUACUUUACCUUCAUUCCUUAA